AUGCAGCUGCAAGGCCUCUUCGUCCAGCUGGGAGCCGUGGUGCUCCUGGCCAUCACCGCUUCUGCUGCGCCCAACAACGGCAAGUGGAAUGCCAAAAAGGCGCCCAACGUCAUCCAGCUCAUCUCGGACGGCUUUGGUCCCGCCUCGGAGACGUUUGCACGCGCCUACAUGCAGAGCGCCCAGCACAAGGCGUGGAACGUGACGCUGCCGCUCGACAAGCUCUUGGUGGGCGAGGUGCGCACGCGUUCGACCGACUCGCUCGUCACCGACUCGGCCGCCUCCGCCACGGCGUACUCGUGCGGCCUCAAGAGCGUCAAUGCCUACAUCGGCGUCGACUCGGACAAGAAGCCGUGCGGAACGGUGCUCGAGGGUGCCAAGGCCAAGGGCUACAACACGGCGCUCGUCACGACGUCGAGGAUCACCCACGCCACCCCCGCCUCCUACUCGGCGCACAUCGAUGACCGUGAUGCCGAGGACGAGAUCGCGAGCCAGCAGAUCGGUGACUACAUGCUCGGUCGUCAGGCGGACAUCCUGUGGGGCGGUGGACUGCGCCACUUUCUCCCCAACACCACCAAGCCCGGUAUCCGUACCGAUGGCAGGAACCUUGUGGAAGAAGCCAAGAAGAACGGAUUCAACGUGGUCAACAACCGCAGCGAGUUUGAUGCGCUCCAGGGCGGGCAGGCGUUGAAGCUGCCUUCCAUGGCGCUCUUCACCUCGUCGCACAUGGCGUACGAGAUCGACCGCAACGCUACGGCCGAGCCGAGCCUCAAGGAGAUGGCGCUCACCGCGCUCAAUGGCCUGCGCAAUGCGGGCGAGCCGUACUUUAUCAUGAUCGAGGGCGCCCGCAUCGACCAUGCUGCGCACAACAACGAUCCCAUCGGCCACAUCCACGACAUCCUGGCGUACAACGAGAUGGUGGAGGCGGUGGUGGAGUGGGUGGACGCCAACGCUGAGGGCAACCCGCACGAGCCCGAGACGGUGGUCUUCUCCGUGGCGGACCACGAGUGUGGAGGACUGACGCUGGGGCUGCAGAGGAGCGAGGACGAAGAGUCGUUCUACGGCUGGUAUCCGGAUGUGCUGUUCAACGCGACGCACUCGACCGAGUUCCUCGCAGCCCAGACGGCCAAGUGGCUCGCCACCAACAAGACCGACGCCGAGCUGCGCACGUACAUCAAGGAUGAGGUGGUGAGCAAGGGGCUUGGCAUCAAGGAUGUGCAGGAUGGCGAGGUGGAUCGCGCCGUGGAGCUGGCCAAGCUCAAGAACCAGAUCCCCUACACUGUGUGGCUCUCGUCGAUCGUCAACUGGCGUGCUCACUUGGGCUGGUCCACCACCGGUCACUCUGGUGUUAGCGUCGGACUCUACUACCACGAAGCCAAGCCUCAGCAGGGUGGAGAGAAGCUCAAGCGAUACCAGGCGCGCCGUGCUUCGGUGAUUGGCUCGCACGAGAAUACGUGGAUCGGCGAGUGGAUCGCAUCGUUCCUGCAGCUCGACCUGGCGACGAUCACGCACAAGCUCAACAACGGCUCGGACUACAGCUGGUACAACAACUGGGGCGACAAGCUCAACACCUUUACCGAUGCGCUCGAACACUACCACGGCGGCCUCGCUCGUGUCAUCCCUCCGCGCGCCGCCGCGGACAAGCGCGCCCUGCACGUCGAGUCGCACGCCGAAAACGAGCCCAUCCUCAGGAGCAUCCACGGACCUCGCAGCGGCCAGACGCUCGAGGAGCGAUCCCACUCCCAUGCUCGUCGUGAGGAGCUCUAG